AUGAUGGCAGCCAAGAAGUGGACAGUAGAGGAGGUAUUCAGGUGGACUCCUGUACGCUUCGCAGAGGAGACUGGCUCCUGGGAAUGGAUCGAGAAAAUGCUGCAAAGUGGCAUGUCUGCAAAGGAUCUCACUGUCACUACGAGAAGGCUGUCCAUCGCAGAGACCGGAGUUUCCCUGAUGCGCGACGUCUGCUCAGCAGGCCACCUGCAGCUGCUGACGCUGGCGUUGUCGGUGGACGCGAAGCUGGCAUCGGCGCGUCUGGACAGCUGUGGGUCGACCCCCCUGCACGUGGCGGCGGCCAACAGGCGCGACGCGGCGGUACGGCUGCUGCUGGAAGCGGGCGCCGACUGCGAGGUGAGAGACGGCCGCGGGCGCACGCCCCUCCACGCCGCCGCCGCCAGUGGCAGCGUCCACGCCCUCCGGCUACUCCUGGAUGCCGGCGGCGACCCGGAGAGCCGGGACUCUGAAGGAAACACGGCGGUGCACCUCGCCUGCGAAGAAGGCCACACGAGCGUCCUGAUGGCGCUGUACAAGAGGGGCGUGUCCCGCAGUCUAGUCAAGAUGCAGCUGCUCUUGUCGGGCGAAAGUGGCAACGUAGAGGGAGUACGACUCGCGCUGAAGCAUACGUCUAGCUGGGGCGGCGCGUGGAGCGAGCUGCACACCGUGGCCAUCAAGGGUAGUGGCACGGCAGUGAGGACUCUACUGGCUGCAGGCUUGGACCCGAACGCCCGCGACGCCAACGGCGACACCCCGCUGCACGCCGUGGCGGCCGCGGGCUGCCCGGGGUCGGCUGAGGCGCUGGUGGAGGCCGGCGCAGACGUGGACGCGGCCGACUCGAGCGGUUCGACGCCGCUGCACUACGCGGUGCGCACUGGAAACCUGGGGGUGACGCGCGUGCUGCUGGCCGCGGGCGCCGACGUGGAGUGCAAGCAGUGCACUAGUUCGCAGAAGGCACUGUGUGUGAAAUGUGAAAUAUCAACAACACAGUAUGAGAACUGUAUAGUGAGAACUGUUAGUGAAGCCACUCAUAUAUCAGCUGAUGAGGCAAACUCUUACAGGACAAAAAGUAACAUACCUGAGCCGUAA